AAUUAUAUUGGAGUAAAACUAUUGGGCUAAAUACUUAAUUGGCCCACUGUGGGACCACUCUGAUGAAUGUUUUAGAUUCCAAAGUAACAGUUUCUUCUUCAACUUCUGUGUUUCUCUUUCCAACGCUCUUCACUUUCCUUCCAUUUUUCACACUUAUUAUUUGUCAGUUUUCAGCUUCAAAUAUCUAAAAAAAAAUCCUCACUGUUUUCAAUUAUUUUUUUUUCUUUUCAUCUUAAUUCGUCGAUAUUUCAAAACCCUCCUCCUUUAACUGUUCUCUUUAUAGUGCAGUUUAGCUUCAGCCGAUCGAACUUGGUCUUAGUUAAGGAAUGGCUGGGAAAGUUGUCAACGCUCUGUCCGCCAGUUUCUGUGAGUAUGAAUUUCUGGAAGCUGAUGAUGACCAACUUAGAACCGUGGUUGCAGCUUCAAAUCAGAUAAUUCCAUGGAUUGACCCUUCAAUUUUGAAACUUAGGCAUAGAAUUGGAAGGGGACCUUUUGGCGAUGUUUGGUUAGCAACGUGUUGUCGUUCGACUAAUGAUUAUGAUCAGUACUAUGAAGUAGCCAUCAAGAUGUUGCAUCCAAUUAAGCAAGAUGACAUGAGGUCUUUGUUGGAUAAGUUUGAUGAUUUAUAUUCUAAGUGCCAAGGUGUGAAUAAUACUUGUUCUCUUCAUGGAAUUUCUAUUAUAAGUGGAAAGAUAUGUAUUAUUAUGAAAUUUUAUGAGGGAUCAGUUGGGGAUAAAAUUUCUCGCCUUAAGGGGGGAAAGCUACCAUGGCCUUGUGUUUUAAGGUAUGGGAUCAAUUUGGCGCAGGGAAUUUUGGAGUUGCACUCAAAAGGGAUCUUGAUUCUUAACCUUAAACCUUUUAACUUUCUUCUUAAUGAAACUGACCAAGCAGUUCUAGGGGAUAUUGGUAUUCCGUAUUUACUCCUGGGAAUUAGGUUGCCCAGCUCAGGUAUGGCACACAGGCUUGGAACGCCCAAUUACAUGGCUCCAGAACAGUGGCAACCAGAAAUAAGAGGUCCAAUAUCAUUUGAGACUGAUUCAUGGGGAUUUGCAUGCAGUAUUGUGGAAAUGCUCACUGGCAUUGUUCCUUGGCAUGGGAAAUCAGCUGAUGAAAUUUAUGACCUGGUUGUCAGGAAACAGGAGAAACCACUUGUUCCAAGUGGCCUUCCUCUUCCAGUCAAGAAAGUUCUUCUUGGCUGCUUCGAGUAUGACUUCAGAAGUCGUCCUUUAAUGAAAGACAUAUUACAUGUCUUUAACAGCUCAGAGACUGGAGGUGAAGAUGAUGGUGGUUGGACAGGCCUUGGGACUACAACAGUAUCGGACAAAAAAAGUAACAUCACUGGCUACACAGAGUGGUUUCUUUCAAAGGAUUGUUUGCAAAUGGGUGACAUAGUGCGGUCCAGAAAGCCACCUAACUCAUGCAAACCUGAAAAUAUGGAUGUCCCAGAAGGAACUGUGGUGGGUUUAGAACGUAGCACAGAUCGAGAUGGUUUUGUAUUGGUGAGGGUUCAUGGCUUUCAUGAUCCAUUAAGAGUUCAUGCUUCAACAAUAGAGAGGGUCACUCAUGGCUUAGCAGCUGGGGACUGGGUACGUUUGAAGGAGGAAGACAAAAGGCACUCACCAGUAGGUAUUCUUCAUUCCAUUGACCAUGAUGGAAAUGUUGCUGUUGGCUUUAUAGGGUUGGAAACUCUUUGGAAGGGAAGUUCCUCAGAGUUUCAGAUGGCGGAAUCUUACUGUGUUGGUCAGUUUGUUAGGCUGAAAUCUAACGUGCUUAGCCCUCGCUUUGAUUGGCCUCACAAAAGAGGAGGUAUGUGGGCUACUGGGAAAAUUUGCUGGAUCCUGCCAAAUGGAUGCCUUGUUGUCAAGUUCCCAGGCAGAUUAAGUUUUGGAGAGGAAUUUGGCAAAUUUUUGGCUGAUCCAGCUGAAGUGGAAAUUGUUUCCUUUAAUAAUUGUCCAGGGGUGGUGAAAAAGUUUCAACAUCUUGAGGAUUUUCACUGGGUUGUGAGGCCACUUAUAGUUGCAUUGGGUCUAUUUACGGCAAUGAAGGUUGGAAUUUUUGUUGGAAAGAGAUUUGGGAGGUCAAAAGUGAAGCGACAUAGCACUGUAAUUCAUAAUGAUGUCCAACGUAUCGAUGGCCAGACUGCAGGCAACCCUGCAUGGCUUCCACCACCUGUGGCAAAUAUUCUUUUCAGGGAAGGUGCUGCUCGGUAGUUCAUACACUAGGAGGCAUACCAUGUUUGAUUGCAGUAGGCAAUUGUUUCUACCGUAAAUGGUUAUCGACUUUGAUUCUAAACUUCUAAAUUAUCUACAUCUUAUACGCUAAGGUGUAUAUAUUUUAGCACAUUGUCUCUUUGCUCUGCAGAUAUCCCAGCUGAUCUGAAUCUUAUGAUGAUUAUGGUCUGUAUCUUCUUUGUAGAAACGUCUGGGUGAAGGGCAUUAUCCAAUUGCUUUUGGCUUUCCAUCUAUCAGAACAUUGUUUGACCUUUAAUUGAUUUGUAUAUUGCGGCUUGGACGCCCUACUUAAAGAAUAAAAUAGAGAUCAAAGUGACUACAAACGGUUGCAUUUCCAUUGUGGUCUAUGAUAAAGGGAGCGCAAAUAUC